CGCUCUAGUUUAUGAAACUUAGUAGUUGUAAGAAGGAUCAGAGCUAAAGAAAAUUGUCAGCUUUAUCAUACCGGUGUAAAUCUAAACAAGCUAUAUACAUAAUCUGGAACAAUUGAACUCGAACAUUGGAGCCAUGCCCAAGAUAAACACGUUAAUCAUGGGGGAAAGGGGAACAAUUGACAUAAAUUGACUAGCUGCAGAGAGUUGCUCAAUGACAGGAGGCAGGAAGAAAUGGUAAAAGAGGAAGGAAAACCUGAAGGGCCAAUAAUGGUGGAGACCCAAUGGUAGAGAUUGUCGCCUUUGGGCCCUGCAGAGCAAUCAGGCGGCGGAUCCAUGCUGAACUCCGUUAUCUCUCUCUGUAUCCUCUUCCCCGACGUCGACACUGAUGUGGGCGACACCCAUGAAUUAUUCGCCGUCGCCGAUGAUGGUCCGCCGCCGCCGCUUCCCUGCGCAGAGACAUCACGGCCAGAAAUCCUAUACAUGCUUCGGACCAACAAGCAAUUUCGCGUGGAAUUCGAGGUACUGCUAGCAGCAAAGGAAAAUUACAACUGAACUGAGAACUCCCUGGCAAACAUUUUCAACUUGUAGCACCUUCAACCCGGAGAAAUCAGUGAGGAAUGCCCAUCCGAGUGAAGUUCGAACUAGGGCUCCUCUCUUUUCUUGCCCAGAAAAUGGUUUCCCACCCAAUAAAAGAGAAAACUUUACAAAUUCUCCCUCUCGGCUUUGUCUUUUUCCGCAGCUGCCGCCGAAUCCCACUUGCUCUUCGCCGGGCUCUCUGGCUCCGGCUUAACAACAGGGGAUAACCGGCGCCGUUUCAGGAUAGGGUUGCCGCUGGGGAAGGGCAAAGCAUUGGGUCGAGCUGAAACGGCGUCGUACAAGGGCCGCGAAGGUAAAUUAGGACAUCUCGAAAUAUCAGAACCGAGCAGCAAGGGUUUCUUCUCAAGUGUUGUAAUUUAAGUGUGCGGCGACAGAGCACAAACCCAUCCAGAGCCUGGGCACGUAGAGAGAGAGAGAGAGAGAGAGAGAGAGCGCAGCAGUAGGGUUAAUGUGGUGAGGUUUCCUUGGCCGCAAGCUGAGAGAAAGAAAGAGAGGCAACGCGGGCUCGACGGAAGGGAGUAAGGUUAACGUAUAUUGGAGAUUCGCUACUGAUUUUGCCGACGGAAGCGAGCUGACAUUCGACGGGAAGAAGGGAAGAGAUACCAGUUAACGGAAGAGAGAGAGCGGUGACGCACGGAGGGUUCGACGAGCAGAAAUCAGAAGGGGUGAAGAUCGAGGAGCGCGCAAGAUUUCAGCUUUCAGAUUCUUGACGCCGGAAUUUGAGUUGGAUUUCUCCCGAGUUGUAAAAGCUUUGUGAAAUGCGAGGAAGGAGUUACAGUCCAUCGCCCCCAAGGAGCCACAGUAGGAGGAGGAGGAGUCCAAGUCCUAGGGGACGAUAUGGUGGUCGCGGAAGUGCAAGAGAUGAGCCUACUAGUCUUCUAGUUAGGAACCUUCGCCAUGAUUGCAGGCCAGAAGAUCUUCGCAGGCCCUUUGAACAGUUUGGUCCUUUGAAGGAUAUUUAUCUGCCCAAAGAUUAUUAUACUGGUGAACCUCGUGGUUUUGGGUUUGUCCAAUAUGUUGAUCCUCGUGAUGCUACUGAGGCCAAACAUCAAAUGGAUGGUCGAGUUCUUCAGGGUCGGGAGUUAACAGUUGUGUUUGCGGAGGAGAACAGGAAGAAGCCUACUGAAAUGAGGACAAGGGAGCGAGGGAGCAGUAGAGGCGGAGGAGGAGGAGGUCGAAUGCGUGACAGGAGGAUGUCCCCACCUCGUUAUUCCCGCUCUCCCCGCUAUUCUCGUUCACCACCUCCACGCGGGCGGGCGAGAUCAAGGUCACACAGCGCUGGUUAUUAUUCUCCACCUCCAAAACAACAAAGGCGAUACUCUAGAUCGGUGUCACCUCAAGAGAGGAGGUAUAGCAAAGAGAAGUCAUUCUCACCUCGAUCAAGGAGCCGCAGCCAGACACCACCUCCAAGGAGGGCACCAAGUGAGGAGGGAAAUGGGGUUAGGAGGAGCAGGAGUCCCAGCAGAAGCCGCAGCCCACCACCGCCACCUAAAAGGAGCAGGAGCCCAGCAGAUGAUUACCCCAGGGACAGGGAGCUCAACGGAGGCGAUAGGUCCCCUAGCCCAUGAUUCUUCAGCCUGGAUGGAGAGUUGUUAUUCAUGUUCGUUUUAUUUCUUCUUCUAAAACGGUCACCGAGUUGUCCUGCAGCGUAUUAGCGGAUUUGGUAUGUGAUGUAGGUUGCAAUAUGCUUGCUUCUGCUUUUCUUUUGUCUUUGAUUCGGAAACCUGUAGCAUGGUUGAGCUGCUGCAACUUGAAGUUCUGUUGUUUUUCAUCAGACCAAGGUACUUGAACAUAAUGUUCUGUUUUGUACUUGAACAUAAUGUUCUGUUUUGUUUUUGGCUACCAUUGAUCACUAGCUGGCGUGACUUAUUGUGCUGUUUUCAUGAACGUUACAUAUCUGGAAACUGGUAUCAUUAGCCUUUUCUGUUUGAGCUCUAGUAUGGCUUCACAAUCGACACCGAUUGUACCAUCUUAUUCGGAAGAAAAGGGAGGGCGAGAGUUGCCCUUUGAAAGUACACUCUUCAGACAUCAAUGACUGGAAACGCUAGGCCUAGGGGACGUAGUACAUUGGAUUGGGGAACUUGAAAGAUUUGGUCGCCAUGGCCUCUCCCACCAAGCUGCACCACUGGUGCGAAUAGUUGGCAUGCAGCCUGUACCCUUCCUUCACCAGCUGCAACCUCUUCUUCGACUUGAGCUCUCUCAUCUGCAACCCUUUGUCUGCUUUUUCCCCGAAAAGCAGGCGAUCCCAGCCGGUGAAUCCUGCAUUGACAAGGUUCCUCUCGGUGGCGCUCCUCUGACCCUCCCCUCUCCCGCUUAUUAUGAUCAACGCAAAACCCAGUUCCUUAAGCUCGUUGUAGAGCUUCAGGCUCGCCGGGAAAGCAGGGGCCACCGCCAUUUCCACCCACUCGUAGUACACAGUUAAGUUCACUGUCUUGUAGCUGUGAAACAAAUUAAUUUAUGAGGCUCGAACCGUGAAUUGGGGCAAAUCAAUUAAAGCUGUGCAAAGUUAAAAGAGUACCCGAACUCGUAGUCUCGGAAGUAAGGCAAAUUGGUGAGGAGGGUCUCGUCGAGGUCGAAAACCCAGGCGUCCUUGCCGUCGCCGGCGAUGUCCACGGUCUUGGCGUAAGCGAGCGCGGCGUAAGCCAGCAUGUCGGAAUCGGCCUGGAUGCCGAUUCCGGUCAUGUAGUCUUCCACGUACUGGCGACACCGCAGGGGUUUGUUGGAAGCAAGAUCGCCGGCAUUGUUCGUCUCUACCGACAGCCUCCAGCUGUCGCAGAAGACCUUGUCAUCGUAAGCUACGGCGCCGUCCUGGUGGUGGGAGGCGGCGGUGGGGAGCUGGAUUGUUGACUGAGAAACGGCGGCGGUGAAGAUGAGGCUGAAGAGGGAAAUGAGGGGGAGAAGAAGAAGAAGAGAGGCAGAGGGCGCCAUCGGGGAAAUCGAACGAUCAAAAUUUGGUCAGGUUAGAGAUAAGAGGCGAUGAUAGCCAUUAAAAGGCAUUUAGCCUGCCCCUGUAUUUCUUUUGGA